AUGUGGCUCCUGGGCACUGCGCGUGCGAACCUCGUCUUCUUUCCCCAACCCGAAAAGGUUCCUGGAGGCUAUGCCAUCCUGUCCCACACCUGGCUCAAGGAGGAGGAAGGAGAGGAGGAGACGUUCCAAAAGGUUCAAAGGCUGAACGUAGAAGCCAACAGCCCCUUCUCCCCGGAAGAACAGCGUCCCUUUCUCCGAGCUGAGCUCCGAUCUCUCAUCUCCCAGGCAGUCUCUGAAGAAGCCGCGGUUCACCGCGACGAGCUCCGCUCUCUCGUCUCCCAGGCAGAACUCGCCGAACAGCAUGGGCACAAGUACGCUUGGGUCGACACAUGCUGUAUCAACAAGGAGAGCAGUUCCGAGCUCUCGGAAGGCAUCAAUUCCAUGUUCCGGUACUACGCCCUCUCCACCAUCUGUUACGUCUACCUCAGCGACCACGACUCUACUGCAAGCGUGAUCGCAGAACUCCAUGCUCCCACAUUCUCCAUGUCACCAGAUGGGAUCGAGCUCCGCGCGGCCGUUCUGCCUCUGGAUGAUACGAAUAGAUUCCUCCUCGUCGACUUGUUCUGCAGAGAUCCCGACGGGCCCGUCUUCCUCUUGCUUGAAAGGGUGGACGACGGGAGGUCCAACGAUGGCGCCGCUCCGCUCUACCAGCCCGAGGAGCAAUGUCCUGUCGUGUGCCAGAUGACAAAACCAAGCACGGCCAUCGCCUCACAUGGCUGGAUGAUGACAGACCUGCGCGUUGUAGCCCUCCCGCCGUAUACCGGUGACCUCUCCGAGUGCAAAACCGCAGGGAUGGAGAGGCUUAAACGCUUCUGCGAAACCACCACUACCGGCUCCCCCUUUCACCUUGCCUUUCGCGACUUCCUCUGGCUCACGGACCACUAUUUCGUCUUCUCCGACAAAACAAGCACCCUGCCGUCGCCUUCUUCCACCGACGCCAUCUCCCUUUUCCCCCAUCGACAACCACCUCCGCUCAUCUAG